AUGAUCUUCUCCUCUCGGCGAUUUGCGCAUCAUUACAGUCCGCAAAAUGGGAGAAGAACACAAGCUCAGACCAACGGCAAAACUUCAUCGACACAGGGAUGGUUGGACAUGGCCUCUGCUGCAAAGGUCGUUCGUGGGACAGUAUGUGGACGGUUUCCGUAA